GCCGACUUCCGGCGCGGGCGCGGGCGGGCGCACGCGGCCACGGUCCGGUGGACGUUGCGGAGUCAUGGAGGGUGGUUUCGGCUCAGAUUUCGGGAGCUCGGGCGGCGGGAAGCUGGACCCCGGGCUUAUCAUGGAGCAGGUGAAAGUGCAGAUCGCCGUCGCCAACGCGCAGGAGCUGCUGCAGAGGAUGACGGACAAGUGCUUCCGGAAGUGCAUCGGGAAGCCGGGGGGCGCCCUGGACAACUCGGAGCAGAAGUGCAUCGCCAUGUGCAUGGACCGCUACAUGGACGCCUGGAACACCGUGUCCCGUGCCUACAACUCGCGGCUGCAGCGGGAGCGAGCCAACAUGUAACCGCGGCGCGCCGGCCGGCCGCCCCCGGACCCGGACCCGGACCCGGUCCCGCCCGCCCCGGACCCGUUUCCAUAAAGCCUGUUUGUGAGGCCGGGCCCGCCUGUGCGUCCCGCCGGCCUGAACAGUCACGAGCGCGAAACCGGGGGUGGGACAGCGGGGACUCGGCCCGGGCCCUCCGCCCCUGCCCGCGGGCGUAGCUGGGGUCCCGGGGGGCCUGGCCCCGGCGCCCCCGCCCCUCGCGCCUGUUACCGUGCUCCUGGGGGGAGGGCUCCGGCCGGCACGGCACCCGCUUUAUCCGGUGGCCGGGAGCGGAGACGCGGAGGUGAGCUCACGGCCGAGCGGGUCAUCCACCUGGAGGGGAUUAACCUUAGAGGGAGGCGGCGUGAGGUUAAGGAUGGGGAGGCCUAUCGUUAGUCUGUCGGGGAAGGGGCAGGGCUGCUUUGAAGGAGUGGGGGGCUACCCCCUUUUUGUCCUGUUUUGGUCUGCAGUGUGUGUGGUACUGGCCGCCGGCAGGUGUGUCGUUUAACGUGUUAAUGUAGUAAAGUCAACACACGAGAUUCAGGGUCUGUCGGAUUUGCCACCGUCUUGGUCGCAGCUGGUUCCACUUCGUUUUUCCUUUGCGUCUGUAGUUUUGUUUCUUAUAUUUGGGUCCUCUACCUUACAUACGUGCGUUCAUUCCUGCUGCAGGUGUGUGUGUAGGGGAGGUUGGCGGGUUUUUAGCAAAGACCUGGAGCAGCUCUGGCAGCAAAAUCGCCGCUUUCGUUGUCACCGCUCCACAUGCUUGAGGGCGGCUGAAAGGCGGAGGUCUGACUUCCGAAGCUGCUUUUUGCUGAACACGGCUGUGGUUCUUCCCCGGGAUGGGGGGGCAGACGUGUUCCCUGACCAGCCUAAAAUAAUUCUGGCGGUCACCAGGGUGCAGUCCUUGUUGCUUUGCUUGUAUCCGUGUGUUAGCGUCAGCUGAAGCUUGCUGCCUUCAAGCUGUUCGCUCACGAAGUUGACAAGGCAUUUAAGGCGAAGACGGGCAGGAGGGUGAUAGCUGUUAGUGCUCCGAGAGGUGGAGGAAGCUGGGCUCGGGGAGGCUCCGUGUGACCACAUUCCAGGCGGAGCGUGCACCCGGGGCCUUGUGUGUCAUGUCUGUGUAACCACUGAGUUUGCUCUCGUGUUUUUUUAACGUUGCCCUCAACCCGACCAGAGUUAUUGACGUACACGCGGCAGGUUUUAUUCAUAACUGCGCAGACUCCCUCUCGCUCAGCCAGGAGAUAGUCAAGGGCUGGUCUCUUGUCGAGAACAACGAUUGCUGGUGAGUCCGGAGAAGCAUGGGGUCCUUGUAAGGCUUCAUCUGUGUUUUUACUUUUAGUUUUUAUUUACUUAUUUACUUUUGGCCGUUUCAGGUCUUACUUGUAGCAUGCGGGAUAUUUGUUGUGGUACAUGGGCUUCUCUCUAGUUGUGGCGUGCAGGCUCAGUAGUUGUGGCGUGUGGGCUUAGUUGCCCCACUACAUGUGGGAUCUUGGUUCCCCAACCAGGGAUCAAACUCACGUCCCCUACAUUGGAAGGUAGGUUCUUUACCAUUGGUCUCUCGGGGAAGUCUCUGUCCCCCCAUAUCUUUAGACAACUAUUCAAUGGUCCGUGCAAGAUUUUGUAGAGUGAUUUCAUGGUAUGUGAAACUUCCCCAGGCGGCCAGCAGUUGGAGAGCAUUCUCUUCUGCCAGAAUGAGCUGCAUUGCCCUCUGAUCUUGGGGCUGGGUGAUAUUACGAAUGGUUACACCUAGGCUCCUAGAACUUGGCCGGCCUAGUAUGCGUUGUUCAUACAUUAGGCGUUAUUUAAGGGAGAAGCAAAGGAGUUGGGGUUUUUCUGAUGGGACCGUUGGUUUACUCUCAGACCACAAAGAAACAGGUGCCCGGCGGGGGGGGGGGGGGGGGGGGGGGGGAUGUGCGUGGCGCACUUCUGAGGAACUGAGCCACCUCUGUAAGCGGCUAACCCAAGACAGGUGCCCUUGCUGUGCGGGGAGAGAGGCCCACCUGCAUGGGGGCGGGGGGGCAUCAGGUCACUGGGGGGUUCUUGACUGGUGGCUCUUACCCAGGCUUCAGGACGGCCACACACUAAACCCCAGACAACGUCUUCCCUCCCCAGUAAGUACAUCUCCUGUCUGGGUUCUGUGUGUACUCAUUGAGUGGGUGCAGAGGGCACCAGUGGGUGACGUUUCCGUGGGCGUCAAUCCCACGCACUUAAACUGUGGGCGAAGGAAGAAGCAGUGAUGAGAGCCCAGAGCCGCCCGUGGUAUUCCUGCCGGUUCAGGUGCCGCGGCAGCAGGACCGCUUAGCGAGACGCGCUUUAGACCGAGUGCUUUGUAUUCGUCGGAGACGUGAACGGGAGGGGCGAGGUCCCCGCAGGGAAGCCGCCUCGGGGCAAGAUGUCAGCUUCAAGAGGGGGAGCUUUAGCAGAACUGGUAGCCAAGGUGAGGGCGAGGUGGCCAUGCUUAGGGGUAAAACGUCAUGCCUUUAGUCGGUAGGCAUCACUUUGAGGGUGGGGGUGACAGACCAGCACCGGGAUAGGGUUUGUCCGCGGGCCGUAAUCCCCGAGACGUUACCAUUGCGCCGAGUUCCCCGUCGCGUGCACCGUUGUGAGAGAGCAGAGGACAGACAGACGGCCGAGUCAACUCACGCCGCUUCCAGUAUUAAUCUCCCCGAACCCCGCGUGCUCAGAGGAGCUGUUUGCAGGGGGAGGGGCUUUGGCAGGAGAGCAGACGCCGAGCAAGUUGAGAGCCACGACCAGGCUGAGCACUGAGUGCGUCCGCCACGUCACUUACCUUUUGAAAAGUAACUUGAGGUCUGUGACAGGUGUCUGGAGUGGGUGGCUCAGUGACUCCCUCCUCCGGCAUGGGUGCUGUCCUCACUGGUGUGGCGGCCCACAGAGUUAGGCCUUGUAAUUUCGGGCGGAGUGAGUGGUCAAGGUUACCAGAUAGGGUUCUGUCUGCUUGCGGUCAAACAGGUCUUGUGGAUUUUCAGCCUUCCGGGUCCCCAAGUGAACCCAGUCCCCAGGGGAGAAAGGAUGAGCGUGGCGUCAGGAGAGGACGUUGGUUCCGGAUCCCUGUGAGGCGUGUUUCAGGCCGUCCGCGUCUGUCAGGUUGGUUUUGGAGCCGGGGCCUCCAGGAAUGGGCCUCCUAUACGUGAGCCCGUGUGGACUUUGGGGGCUGUUUGCAUUCUGCAAAGUGCAGUGGGGAGAAGGAGGUCUGGGGCUGGUGAGUGUCUGGACAGAGUUUGGCGAAGUUUCUUUUGAGGGUUUGAUUUGUUCUUCCCUGAGGAUUGCGGUCUCCAAGCAGGCGGAGUGUGAGUAUAACUCCUGGGGCUCUAGAGGCUCCCUCAGUAACGUGGGUAACAGGCGGGCCCGUUGUCACUCUGGAUGCACUUGGGGAGCCCAGACCGAAGGAUCGUUUCCUUGAGCAGGGCCUCAGGGACCUCCCAGGCAGCCUUGGUUCAGGCGGGGAACAGCUCCAUCCUGCCGAGGAAGGUAUCUGUCAGAAGCAGCACAUAUCUCAAGUCUCCCUGUGCCCAGGCAUUCCUGGGAAGUCAGCUUGCCGGUCCAGACCUGGAUAUGUGCCUCUGUAGAGGCGGGGCUCACUGCCUUGACCGCAUCGGGGGGAGGGUGAGUGUUGGGCUUACUCCGGAGGCAGGUGGGGAGGCUUCCGCCCCCUGUUGAGGACACGGCGGACAUUGGGGCAGUCGUGGGCUUGACGCGGGGCCUCCUGCCCGUAGCGUGUGCUCGGGCGAGCUUCCCGGGUGGCCUGCAGUGCGGUGGCCGCGGGAGCAACCAUCCACCCCCAGUAUUCUGGGCUUUUAGAAUCGCCCCAUCUCCACGCCUUUCCCCUUGUCCUGGGGCGUCGGUGGGAGUGUGGGAGUCCGCGCCUGGGGAGGCCGGUGGGAGGGCGUCUGAAGGCUGUGCGCACCCUCUGCUGCUGGCUUGGCUGCCGUGUCCGCCCUGCGAUUUCCUCUUGUGACUCCUGCUUCUCGCUUUCAAGGCCUCUGCUGCCUGCACUGGAAGGAGUGCCGCCCCCCGCAGCUGCAUCUGUGCCCCGCCUUCUUAAUCUGUUUAUCCCCCAGGUCCUGCCAGGGGCCCCAUGGGCGUGCGGGGCUGAAUAGGCAGGUUCAGAGUCAGCGGACAUGUGCACAGCUUAAGCUUUCCCAGCUCCACUGCGGAGCGGCCGGGGCAAAGCUCAAGGCUCCACCACUCAAGGGGUGGAAACCUCUGCGCGUCCUGCCUUUUGUUUUCGAUCUUCCAUAAAGCCUCUCCCGUGGGGGAACCACUCAGAUUCCACGUUCUCUCCAGGGGGGCUCUUUGGGCCGCAACUUCCUCACAACCGUGGGGUGAUGGUGGACCUGGCUGCGCUGGCGGGGGGGGCAGGGUGAGGACAUUACAUGGCCUCAGUCACAGACGGGUUGUCUAAAAGCGUGACUUGGAGGGUUUGACCCCAUCUGUCCCCCUCUCCUCCUGAGGGGCUGGAUGGUGGGGGGGGGGGUGUCCCAGAUGGUCGGGGCCCGUCCAGAGGUUAACUUGUCAGACUCUUUGAGGAGCCAACAAGUGGCAGCUGCAGCCCGUAAGGAUGGGGGCCAUCCUUCAGCAGUUUGGUCCAAUUGUUUAGAAAAAUAGGCUGCAACCGGGAUCAGAGGUCCCCGUGGUGUGUAAGCUGCUCCGGGGCGCUUCCUCCUCUCACAUGCAUAUAGAUGAGGAGGGGGCUCGGGUCCAGCGGCUCAGGUUGCAGGGCCCUCACGCGGUGGCUCUGCUGUUCCAGGAGCGCCGGCCACCGUUGGGCGCCCCCUCCAGGGCCUUCCCUUUCAACGGUUCACACCAGGGCUCCGCAGUUGAGCCAGAGUCGGGGGUCCAGGUACGGGCAUCCUCAGGGAGCCCUGGAGCUGCUCUCUCCUGCUAGGGCUGCCGUCUGGCCAGCCGGUCCCCUCCUCUCCUUAGCGCCCUGGGCCCCUUUUCUACUGUAAACCUGAAGUGUUCAACCCGCCGGAGGGGAAUCUGGGCUUUUUCCUUUGAAACGUCUUUCCUCUCUCCACUAGAGGAAUCAUGGCAUUAACUGUGUUCCGGUCAGAAGCUUUUUGGUGGGGCCGGUGAUUGGGGUGUCACCCACAUCUUGAAGGGUAGUUCCCUGUUCUCCCUUGAGGUCUCCAAGGUCUUCAGCUAAAAACCAUUUGAAAAGGGGGGAGGGAGUUACAUCCCGGGGGCCGUGCCAUCCUGCAGGAUUGCUUCUGUCUCGGGUGCCUGCUGUUGAAAGGCAAAAGCUUUGGGAUUUGGGGUGAGGGGCAUGCAAAGAAGGCAUCUGUUGAGUCUCACCCAGAGUGCUAGUCCUCUCGGGGUUUAGGGUGGAGAGUUACGUGUACAGGUUUGGCCCCAUGGGGUGAACCUCCUCCGUAGCUUCAUUUACGGCCCAGGAGUCCUGAACUAGCCAGUGUCUCCCAUUUGGCUCCCUUACUGGCGGAACAGGAGGGGUGCCCGGGUGCCGGCAGGGCUGUGUGUUCACCAGGGCUGCUUUGCUGAAGGGGUGCUGCCUUUUACUUGGGUGGUUGCGGCCGGGUCGCAGCUUGACCACGACCGGUGGUGCCCUCCUGGCUCCGCCCACGGUGUCUGGGACCGUAGAGAGGGGUUAUCCCCGUCAAGGAUAAUUGGUCCUUUUUUAAAAUUAUUUACUUAUUUAACUUAUUUAUCUGGCAGCACCGGGUCUUAGUUUUGGCACACCGGCUCUUUUGUUGUGGUGCACGGGCUCUUCAUUGAGGUGCGAGUUUCUCUCUAGUUGUGGCUCAUGGGCUCAGUAGGUGUGGCGUGCAGACUUGGUUGCCCUGCUGCACGUGGGAUCUUAGUUCCCUGACCAGGGGUGGAAUCCACGUCCCCUGCAUUGGGAGUGCAGAGUCUUAACCACUGGACUGCCAGGGACGUCCCAGGCAUCCAGGAUCUUCAUUGUGGCAUGCAGUAUCUUUAGUUGCAGCAUGCGGCCUCUUAGUUGCAGCAUACGGGAUGUAGUUCCCCCGACCGGGGAUUGAACCUGGGCCCCUGCUUUGGGAGCUUGGAGUCUUAACCACUGCGCCACCAGGAAGUCACCCAGUCUCACAUUUCUUACAGAGGUCCUCGAUUUGGUUAAGCACCAUGGCAAAUCAGACAUAGGGAGUCUCAUCCUAUUUUUUUCAGUUGCUGGCAGGAGGGGCCCAGUUGGAAAAUGGUAUCAGAGUUUAGAGAGCCACAGGUGGCCAGCUUUCUCUGUGUGCCGUGGUGUACUGGGGCCGCGUGAUGCCGCAAAGGAGAACAGGCUCUGUGUUGGCGGUGGUACCUUGUCAUGGAGGACGCACCCUGGUGGUGACUUCUCUGGGGUGGCGGCUGGUUACCCAUGUUGGGGGCACCCUGAUUUCUAGUCUGUUUCCAGCUCCCCCGUGGCCUCCUCCCAGGGUUGGUGGUGACACACAUCCCACAAGAUCUGGCCCCACACCAGGAGGUCUCCUUGCUCCGACUGAAACCUGAGCCAGUCUGCACGGGGGCUGGAAGGGAGGCGCUGUCUGGGGGGUCUUGGUUAUACAGUCCUCCUGUAAGUCAGCAACUUGACCUUCCCAGGCCCACGGUGGAGCUGGGGUGCUUUCAGCCAGCAACCACUGGAGGUAGCGUGAAGGCGGGUGGGAAACAAGGGGCCUCUCCGCAGGCGAGCUGGCUGCCGAGCCGCUCUGGCAGCCGGGGCAGCUUGUUCUCGGAGGGCUUGUCCCUGCUCCAGGGUCCCUGCUCGGUGACAGGAGCUCAGCAGGGAGGCCGAAUGCCCACUUGGCAUGUGUCCAGUUUUCUGUCCUCUCAGCUACAAGGACCCAAGGCCUUUGGAUGACUGGGGGGUCCUCUGCCUUCCCCGGCCAGGCUGAGUGAUUUUGCUGAAAUCCGGCAAAAACAUUUUUAAAAGGUUUGUGUCUCAGAGGAGGGAUCCCUAGGGAUCUGCGAUGGAGGCUGGGGGGGGGAGACCUACCCGAGAGAGACAUGGGCCCUGCCAGGAUGGCUGUUAGGGCAAGAGGAACCAACACAAAACACGUGCUCUUGGGUUUCCGGCUGCGCUGGAGGUGGGAGCCCCGCAGGGUGCGUGUGCUCUACCGAGUGCCUCCUUACGUGACGUUUGCUGCCGUAGACUGUGGGCCUGGUGCUGAUCUACCCUGAUCUGUGACCAACUUGCCCUUUCAUGAGUGUCUGUUGGCUGGCAAGUGCCCUAGUGGCCUUUAGCCGUGGCCCGUGUCCACAGUUGUGGCAAGUAUUUCCAAGAGCAAGACAAGACCACACAGAACAGAGAGUGAAGCUCCAGUCGUACCAAGAACAGGGACUAGGGCUUACAUCACACAUACGGAACAAGGAGGUGUUCUUACCAUGCGGUGGCCUUCGGAGGGCUUCCCUUCCAGUCCCCUUGCCGGGAACGGGCCCCACCGGGCGACCAACUGUCCCAUCUUGCUCCUCCCUUUACCAGGGGGUCAACUCCCUUGCAGACAAGCCUCAGCCUGAGUGGGGUCAGCGCCCAUCCCGUGUCGCGUGUCUUCUGGACGUCGCCCCAGCGUAGCAAGCCUCCUUGCUGUAGAUGUGCCGGGGCGGGGGGUGGGGCAGGGGCUGCGUCUUCACCUGGGGAGCACACCACCCCGCGUGGUCCUUGGCUGCUUUUAGGUUUGGACUGAAUUCAGUAGCCCAGGGGUUCAGAAUUGGGGCAGAGUGCCUGCUUAUUUAGCUGCCCUUGUCGGCCCUGGGUCAGUGAGUGAGUCCCGAGUUACAGGAUGGAAGGGGCCCCACGUUGGGCACCAACAUUUGUUACCGAGUUAAAUCCUAUGGGCCCUGCUCGCCCAGCCAAAGCUCUCAGCCUGGACGGGGUGGCAGUGGUUCUUUUUCCUGUUCGGGUUCAAGUAGGUAAAUAAGGAAACCGAAGCAGAGAUGCACAAGGUUUAUUCAGUGGCCAAAGAAUGGAGAAGCGAGAGCCAAGUUCACAGGAACUCGCGCCUUGCAGGAGCGAGGGUGGAGGCGUGAGGCUGCAGUGGGGAGGCGUGUGCAGUGGGCUGCCAGGGAGGGGGCAGGGCUUUCUCGGGGGAAUGGGGGCUACCCCUUUUUAUCCUGCUUGACCCCUCAUACCUGGUCCUGGCUGCUGGCAAGUGUGUCCUUAAUGUGCUGAUGUAGUAAAAUCAGUGCCUAAUGAGACUGGGGGUCUGUUGGAGGUCAGAGUUGUCGCCAUCUUUGGUCGCAGCUGAGUGUGUGUGUGUGUGUGUGUGUGUGUGUGUGUGUGUGUGUGUGUGUGUGUGUGUGUGUGUGUGUGUGUGUGUGUGUGUGUGUGUGUGUGUGUGUGUGUGUGUGUGUGUGUCGCUUCAUUGCUUACCUCUGGAUUUAAAGAUUGUGUUCACUCCUGCUGAAGGUGGGGGCUUGUGAGCAGGGACACUGCUGGGGGAGGGGUUGGAGAGGUUUGAGCACAGACCACGCUCAGGGCCGGCACCCACGUGCCCUGGGCACAGAACCCGGGUUUGGACCUGGGGGUUGUGGCCAGACGCCUCCUGAACCGUGACCUCCUGGGGUCAGACAAAUAGAUCACUGAAGGCGGCAGAGAGAACCCUGUGCGUCUCCCCUGCAGGGGCCUCUGUGGGGACCGAGCCUCAGCGCCCCCUCCCCUGACCAGGUGACAGGGAGUGUCCUUCACAGAAAAGGGAGCCUUGAACGAGGCUGCCCAAGGCUGGGGGUGGCCCUCUCCCGGAAGGCCAACUGGCCCCCACUCCUCGUCCCACCAGGCCCGUUUGAGGGGCGGGCCGUUGUGGCCGCUGUGACACGGAGGUGCGAGCCAGCAGGCUGCGGACGGGGGGCCGCGUUUAUUGGAACAAAAUAUGCGGUUAGACUGCGCCCCACUUGCCCCCCGCCCACCACCUGGCCCCGCCCUCCGUCUGGCUGGGUGGCCGGCUGGUUCCUGCCGCCUCCACGUCGCUGGUUCCAGGCCU